AAGAGAGGGCAGCCAUGGCAGAUGAGCGGCAGAGGCAGAGCCCGAUCCACAGGGGCCGGGGCUGGAGCCACCACAGGGGCUGUGAGCAAAAGCACUUGCACACUUACCCUUGUCCCUGAGGAGGAGGAGAAGGUGGCCAGGCCAGUGCUUGGCCCAGUCUGGCCCAGGCAGGGCUUUUAUAGCAGCCCCAGCAUUGCUCAGCACCAGCUGGGCCAAUCUGCACAGGGGACACUCCCUGCUGCUCCUGCUGCUGACACCAGGGCUGUGCGGCCCCUGCUCCUCCCUGAGUCAGCAUCCCCCUGGUGCCACCCCAGCACCUCCCGCUGCCCAAGCCAUCUUGUCCUUCCAGCCACGUCAGAUACUUGAUAGCCAGGAUGGCACCCAGGAAUUUGGCUCCAGAGUCACAUCCUCAUCUCUCACACACCAAGAUGUCCUGCUACGAUCUGUGCCCACCAAGGAGCAGCUCUGAGCUGUGCCCACCCAGAACCGGCGUGGCUGUGCCCCAGCCCAUCGCUGAGAGCUGCAACGAGCUGUGCGCCCGCCAGUGCCCCGACUCGUCGGCCCUGAUCCAGCCACCACCAGUUGUGGUCACCUUCCCCGGGCCCAUCCUCAGCUCCUUCCCCCAGCAAGCCGUGGUUGGCUCCUCCGGAGUCCCAGCCUUUGGCGGCUCCCUGGGGCUGGGCGGCCUCUACGGCGCCGGCGCCACCCAGGCCUCGGGAGGCCUCUGCACCUUUGGCAGAGCCUGCGCUGCUCCUGCCUACAGCCCCUGCGCCUUGCCCCGCUACAGCAAGAAGUUCUGGGACACCUGCGGGCCCUGCUAGAGCCACCACAGCCCAGCCCAAAGUCCCGUUGUCAUCUCAGCCCGGUAUGGAGCAGUUGAGCUCGGCUUAAGCUGCCCUGGCACCCGGCCUGCCUGGGCCCUGCCCACCAUCCUUCUCCCAACCUCUCCUGCAGUUCUUGUAACAAUAAAGUUUUCCUGCAUCC